AUGUCUGCUGCUACUACUACCUCAAAUAAAAAAUGUCAAUGUGAAUGUGAUAUUCUAUUAUGGAAAAACCCAAUAGAGACAGGUAAAUAUUUCUUUGGUUCAAUUAUUGCUUUAUUAAUCUUAAAAAAAGUUAAUCUAUUAACUUUCUUAUUAAGAGUACUAUACACAGUCUUUUUAACAACAGGUACUUUAGAAUUCGCAACAAAAUUAAUCUUAGGUCAAGGUAUCGUUACUAAAUAUGGUAUUAAAGAAUGUCCAAAUACCGUUGGUUUAAUUAAACCUUAUGUUGAUGAAAUUUUAAAACAAUUACCUGUUCAACAAGCUAAGAUGAGAAUGUUAGUCUUUGCUUACGUUCCAAAAAAUACUUUUAAAGCAGCUGGUAUCGCUUUCGCUUUACAUAGAUUCUUCUCUUGGUUCUCUGUUUGGACUAUUUUAUUUGUCGCUGAUAUUAUGGCCUUCACUGUACCAAUUGUUUAUCAUACUUAUCAAAAAGAAAUUGAUGCUCAAUUAGAAUGUGCUUGUAAGACUUUAAAGAAAGAAUCUGAUAAAUAUAGCCAAUUAGUUUGUGAAAAGGUUAAACCACAUCUAGAAAAACUAGGUCCUUUAGCUAAAUUAUGUCAAUCAUCAACUGGUCCAAAUGCUACUACUACUAAAUUAGCUGCUAAUGUCCCAGUUGAAGAACCAACUAGUGCUACUACUACUUCUGCUGAUUUACCAUCAGUUCCAAAGGAUCUUCCAACUGAUUCAACUACUAAAGAGUUUAACGUUGAUGAAUUAACUAAUGAAAUUAAACAAUCAACUAAUUCUUUAAAGAAUGAUUUUGAAACUAAUUAA